AUGGCGCGAAGCAAGCAGUAUCUGAUGAAAGGCGCGCUUGCCCGAGAGGAUUCCGACGAUGAGCUGGGAGUUGAGGACCACCCCUGGCAAUGGAUCUACGAGGAUGAGGGAACCCAACCGGAAUCGGAGGAUGAACGGACCCCAUCGAGGAAGCGAAAAGCCAGCGAAGCCCUCAAGAAACACAACAUUGUAGGGGCGCGGAUGGGCAACUUCUCCGUGACAGUAGGAGACACCGUUCUUCUGAAAUCCCCUGAACAGGGAAAAGACUGGGUUGGUCUUAUUUGUGCUUUCUCGGAAACGGACGAAGACGAUGAUGAGGAGAUGUGUGCUCACAUUCAGUGGUUUUGCUCUCCCGAAGAGCUGUCUUUCGGCAAGAGAAUACGAGAGAAGCCUGAGAUCCUGCCAAAUGAGCAGUUCAUCACCUCGGAUUUCAACAUGAAUCCCUUAACAUCCAUCAACGGCACAGCGAUAGUGAUGUCGAAGGAAGCAUACUUUGAGACAUACCCGCGUGGAGAGCAGCCAAAGUCGAAGGCUGCAUCCAACCAAUAUGCUAAGACCAUCUUCUGUCGACGGGCAGUCAAGCAGCGCACAAUGCAAUUCUCCGAAGAAUUCUCCUGGGAUGAGCUCUACAAGGGCGAGAGCGAUUUGCUCGGCCUCAUAAAUUGGAUAAAGGAGCAAACCAGGGGGAAGAAGCGUUUGCCCCGUCCAGACGACGAUGAUUACGAAUUCCGCCGUGAGACAGACGAUCCUCUCCCAUCAACGCCACGAAAGAAGCGGAAAACCACAACAGCUGCUACACCUCGUUCGAGCACGAAGGCCACUCCUGCCAACUACACGACCCCGACGCACAAACGUAUCAUGAUCAAGAAGCCCCUCGAAAUCACCCCACUCGGCACACGAAUACUAUCCCCCUCAACCUACAUGGCGUCGCCUCAUGCUCAGGCCCGCAGCACACUCCAUGUCUCUGCUGUUCCAGCUUCUCUUCCUUGCCGGUCACAAGAAUUUGCGACAGUCUACACGCACCUGCACUCUGCCAUCACCGACGGUUCCGGCGCCUGCAUCUACAUUUCCGGCACGCCGGGGACAGGCAAGACUGCCACGGUCCGCGAGGUAGUCGCAUCCCUAACGCAAGCCGUCUACGCAGACGAGUUGGACGACUUCAACUUCGUGGAGAUCAACGGCAUGAAGGUCACGGAGCCGCACCAGUCAUACUCACUGUUGUGGGAAGCGCUGAAAGGAGACCGUGUGAGCCCCGCACACGCGCUGUCACUGCUAGAGCACGAGUUCUCGCAUCCCUCGCCCCGACGCGUGCCGUGCGUGGUGCUGAUGGAUGAGCUCGACCAGCUCGUCACCCGCAACCAGUCCGUGAUGUACAACUUCUUCAACUGGCCUGCGCUCCGACACUCGCGGCUCAUCGUGCUGGCCGUGGCCAACACAAUGGACCUCCCUGAGCGAACACUGUCCAACAAGAUCUCUUCCCGUCUCGGCCUCACGCGCAUCACCUUUCCAGGCUACACACAUAAGCAGCUCAUGGAGAUCAUUACCUCGCGCCUCGAGGGCGUGCCGGGCGCCAUCGUGAACAAAGAUGCCAUCCAAUUCGCCGCGCAGAAGGUCGCCGCCGUGUCUGGCGACGCCCGACGCGCCCUCGACAUCUGCCGCCGCGCCGUCGAGAUUGCCGAGGAGGAGAAACGCCGGCAGGACGAGAUCACCUCCGCGGCCACAGCGCCAACGGCACAAACGCCGACCAAAACCAACCGCGGCCGUAAGAUGGUACAAGCCAACGCCGCUGCACAGGACGAUGACGACCUCGACCUCGACUACGAGGACGUUCAGCACACUAUCACGGACACAGACGCCACCGUCGGCCGCGUGACCAUCAAGACCAUCAAGCGCGCCAUCAACGAGUCCACCUCCUCACCCAUAGCAUCUCAACUCCGCGCCCUCCCCAUCGCAGCCAAGCUGUUCCUAGCCGCGAUCCUCGCGCGCAUCCGCCGCACAGGCGUCGCCGAGGCCACGCUGGGCGACGUGCUGCUCGAGGCCAAGCGCAUCGCCGACGUGGCCGACUCUGCCGCCGUGAGCGAGUUUCUACUGCAGGAGCGCCACCAGGCGGGCGAGAAAGUGACGCCGAAAAUGAAGCUGCCGCGUGUGCUGGGCAUGGGCCAAGCGGCGGUGGAGCUGGUAGAGGCGGGGAUCAUGGCGAUGGAGGGGCGGAGACUCGGGGAGAGGGCGGGGAAGUGUCGGUUGAGGGUCGCGGAGGAGGAGGUGAGGGGCUGUUUGAGGGGGGAUGAGGAGUGCAAGGGGAUGGGGUUCCAGGGCUGA